UUUACGCAAGAAUUUGGGUCGGGAUAAUGGGUCGAAGAAACAUUUUCCAGUCGAUUAUUCCUUUCCUUUUCGUGUGUUGUAUUGGAUUCAUCUCGACUCCAGUCAAAGCUGCUGUCAAGAAAUACCAGUUCGACAUUCAAGUAAAGAACAUCAGCAGAUUGUGCCAUGCUAAGCCUAUUGUCACUGUAAACGGAAUGUUCCCUGGGCCAACAGUUUAUGCUCGAGAAGGAGAUCGAGUUCUGAUUAACGUUACUAAUUAUGCACGAUACAACAUGUCAAUCCACUGGCAUGGAUUAAAGCAAUAUCGAAAUGGCUGGGCAGACGGACCGGCUUAUAUAACACAAUGUCCUGUUCAGACAGGACAUAGUUACACCUAUGAUUUUAAUGUAACAGGACAGAGAGGAACACUAUGGUGGCAUGCACAUAUUUUUUGGCUAAGAGCUACUGUUUAUGGUGCCAUUGUAAUAAUGCCGAAACAAGGGACACCAUAUCCUUUCCCUCAGCCUGAUUCUGAAUAUAAUUUAAUCUUAGGAGAAUGGUGGAAUGAUGAUGUUGAAGAGGUUGUUAAACAAGGUAACAAACGGGGAUUGCCUCCGAAAAUGUCGGAUGCACAUACUAUCAAUGGCAAGCCAGGACCAUUAUUUCCAUGUUCUGAGAAACACACUUACGCUGUAGAAGUCGAGCAGGGUAAGACAUACCAUUUGAGAAUCAUCAAUUCUGCACUCAAUGACGAGCUUUUCUUUGCCAUUGCUGGGCACAACAUGACAGUAGUAGAAAUUGACGCUGUUUAUACAAAACCUUUUACGACCGAAGCAAUCUUAAUAGCACCCGGCCAAACCACAAAUGUCCUCGUCCGGACCAACAAACUGCCUGGACGAUACUUCAUGGCUGCAAGGUCUUUCAUGGAUGCACCAAUAUCCAUAGACAACAAAACUGCCACAGCUAUACUUCAAUACAAAGGCAUCCCAAAUAGCGUACUCCCGAGCCUCCCUGAAUUACCAGCACUCAACGACACUUCAUUUGCAUUAAGUUACAAUUCCAAGCUCCGGAGCCUCAAUUCUCUGAAUUUCCCAGCUAACGUUCCGCUUAAAGUUGAUCGACAACUCUUCUACACCAUCGGUCUCGGAAUAAAUCCGUGCCCAACUUGCCAAAACGGAACACAGCUCACCGCAUCCUUAAACAACAUUACCUUCGUAAUGCCUCGAGUAGGCCUUCUACAGGCUCACUACUUUAACCAAAAAGGGAUAUUCACUACCGACUUUCCAGACCGUCCUCCAACGCCUUUUAACUACACCAGUGCACCGCUCACCGCCAAUCUCCGAACUUCACAAAGCAGUCGACCACGUCUCAGCAAAAUCGCAUUCAAUUCAACUGUGGAGUUGAUAUUACAAGACACCAAUCUUCUCUCAGUCGAAUCUCACCCGUUCCAUCUUCAUGGAUACAACUUCUUCGUCGUUGGGACCGGGGUCGGGAACUUUGAUCCUAAGAAGGACCCUGCAAAGUUUAACUUGGUAGAUCCUCCUGAAAGAAAUACAGUUGGUGUUCCCACUGGCGGUUGGACAGCCAUAAGGUAUAGAGCAGAUAAUCCAGGAGUGUGGUUCAUGCACUGCCACUUGGAGCUACAUACCAGCUGGGGUUUGAAGGUUGCAUUUGUUGUAGAGAAUGGACCUGGCCCGGAUCAAUCUAUUUUGCCUCCACCCAAAGAUCUUCCACCUUGUUAAAUUAAUCCAAUUAAUUUGAGAGAAUUGUUGAGAAUUUGUUGUUUGAAGCUGAUUUGUUGUAAGAAUCCCUGCAAAUUGCAGAAAUGAAGAAUGAUGAAACAUUGUUAUUGUUGUGCAAAAGUGAACGGUAAAAUAAAGAUAAAGGAGAACAAUAAAAUCGA